ACUAUUGUGCGGUGUAAUGAAAAGCGGCGAAACAGCACAGGCAGGGGGUGUUCCUCACUCACCUGAACUGAAUCCAUCAGAUAAUCUCGUUUCCCUGAUAAAUCAAUCAGAAACUAGUGCGCAGACGCGCAACAGCGUCCUUAAAACGGAGCCACCGUGGCUCCAUCUAUCAAUACGAGCGCUUCCUGAGCGCUUCUGCCUCGGAGGUUAAUGAUUUGCAGGUUAUCUCGUACUUAGUACUUGAGCGUGGAGUUUGGAGUCUGCCCUCCCCCGAUGAUAAAACAUAACAGGAGAAGCCCGAGCUUGCUUUGCCUUUCUUCGGUGGCCCAUCGGAGCCUCUUGACCCCCCAGAACCCGGUUUGGUUCCUCUGGACGCAGACGGAGGACUCAUAAUGUUGCCUGUCGUUGUGCUCCUUCUCUGCGCCGCCUGCUCGGGGUCAGCCUCUGCUAAAGGUGACUGCGUCUCCUGUGUUUCUUCAGGUGCUGCUGCCGGACCCCGACUGAACAACAACCAGCUGUACAAAUUCAGCUACACCACCGAGGUCCUGCUGGACAAACCCAGCGGGUCAAAAGAGGGCAGUGCUGGCUACAGGAUCUCCAGCGACGUCCACGCCAACCUGGUCUGGAGAGAUCCGAGCAACAAGGACGACCAGCUGAUUCAGCUGGCGGUUUCAAACGUGAGGAUUGAGCCCGUGUCUGACAGACCGGAGAAGAAGAAUGUCCUGCAUGGAGCCACAACAGAAAGCAUUUUGGGGAAAAACAACCUGGAUGCCCUGACUAAACCUUUCUUCCUGCAUCUGAAAAGUGGAAAGACGAAAGCGAUUUAUUCCUACUGGGCCGAACCGGCAACCAUUAAGAAUCUGAAGAGAGGCCUGGCCAGCCUGCUGCAGCUGCAGCUCAACACUGGAAAGGUUAUAGAGAACGAUGUGUCUGGAAGGUGCACGGUGGAAUACAAAGCAGUAAAAGGUCAAGUAACCAGAACCAAAAUCCUGGAGACAUGUCAGACGGCAGAGCCUGGAUUCACCACACACAGCAAGGUCCUGGGUGUGAGCAGGGAGUCCAGCUCCGUUACGGUGUUCACGCUCGACGAUGGUUUCAUCCGCUCGGCCGUGGCUGAAGAGUCACACUCGGUGGCCGUUAACACUCGGAGCUCCACAGCUGCUAAAGUCGUGUCCAGGCAAACCCUCACGUUGUUGGGGAAAGAGUCCGGGCCGGCGGAGGCUGCGGGGAAAGACGUCUCCGCGGUUGUCAAAUCAAUUGAUGCCAAACUGGCAGCUGUUGGUAUCGCAGCUGAGAAGGUCAAAUCCGAGUGCAAAGGCUGUCCAUCACUUUUUGAACAUUGGCAGGCGGAGCAGAAGCAGCUGGAGCCAACGAGCCUAUCCAAGGCGACGGCUCCUCGCAGCUUCCUGGCGCUCAUCCAGAGCAUUAGGAAGGCGUCCAAGGAUGAGAUCCUCAAAGUGUUGAAGAGUGCAAGCAAGACAUCUCUACCUCAGGUGGUGGAUGCUGUGACUUCCUCCCAGACGCCUGCGUCUCUGGAUGCCAUGCUUCAGUUUCUUAACUUCACCGAUGCCAAAGGUUUGGUCCUGCAGGAGAGAUUUCUCUAUGCGUGUGGCUUUGCCUCUCAUCCCAGUGAGCGAGUGCUUCAGGCUCUGCUGGAUAUUUAUAAAGGAAAGAUCGGCAGCACUGACAUCAAGGAAUCCGUGGUGAUCAUUAUGGGGGCUCUGGUACAUAAACUGUGUCUGAAAGGAGAGUGCGACUUACCGACCGUGGUGCAGGUGAAGAAGAUGAUUCUCGAGGGUCCCGACAGCACAAAAGUGGAGUCGGAGGUUCAGAUGUACCUCCUGGCUCUGAAGAACUCUCUUCUCCCCGAGGCCAUUCCCAUUUUCACCAAAUAUGCAGAGUCGGAGGUGGGAGCUUACAGCACCAUCGCCCUCACUGCCCUGCAGAGAUACGACGUCGGCCUCAUGACCAGCGAGGUGAAACGGACAGUGAACAGGGUUUACCACCAGAAUCUGCGAAUCUAUGAGAAGAACGUGAGAGCUGCUGCGGCCGACGUCAUCCUCAGCAGCAACCCCUCCUACAUGGAGGUGAAGAACCUGCUGCUGUCCAUCGGACACCUGCCCCACGAGAUGAACAAGUACAUGCUGUCCAAGAUCCAGGAUAUCAUUCGCUUCAAUACGCCCGCCAGCAAAGUAAUGCAGCAAGCUAUGAAAGACAUGAUUUCCCACAACUAUGACCGUUUUGCAAAAGUUGGGUCUUCAUCUGCAUUUUCAGGAUUUAUGGCACAAUCGGCUGACAUGACGUCCACAUACAGUCUGGACAUCCUGUACUCAGGCUCUGGGAUCCUGAGAAGAAGCAACAUGAAUAUUUAUGGUGCCAGUAAAGGAUCAGUGCUCCACGGACUCCAGGUGGCAAUCGAGGCCCAGGGACUGGAGUCCCUCAUCGCAGCCACGCCCGAUGAAGGAGAGGAAGACCUGGAGUCCUUUGCUGGCAUGUCAGCGCUGCUGUUUGACGUCCAGCUGCGACCUGUCACCUUCUUCAAGGGUUACAGUGAUCUUAUGUCCAAAAUGUUCUCCAUGACUGGAGAGCCCAUGAAUGUGGUGAAGGGCCUCAUCCUGCUGUCUGAUCACUCCGAGGUGAUCCAGCUGCAGUCUGGUCUGAGGGCGAGCGUCGAGUUUCAGGGAGGACUGGCCAUCGACAUUUCGGGAGGAAUGGAGAUCAGUUUGUGGUACAGGGAGUCCAAGACCAGUGUCAACAACAGGGGAGCUUUAGUGGUGAGCGGUAACGUUACCGUGGACAUGGACUUUUUGAAAGCAGGCUUGGAGGUCAGCUUCGAAACAGAGUCGUCCCUGGAUUUCAUCACCACCGUCCAGUUCUCCGAAUACCCCUUCCUAGUGUGCAUGCAGAUGGACAAAACCACCUUCCCUGUCAGUGAACGUCUGACCAAAUACGAGAGCCUGUCGUCGGGAAAGAGCGUCGUGUCUCGUAAGGGUAGAAAGUUCCUGAUCCCGGGCUCCGAGUUCCCGCUUCAUCAGGAGAACUCAAACAUGUGCAAGAGGGUUUUCGACUCCAGCUGGUAGAGAAAACACGGCAAACUACCCUAGAGGGGUCACUGCAACCAGGGACAGAUACCAACUCCUCACCUGCACAGAAGCAGGUCUGCAAUACUCAACCACUGAAAGGCCCCCAAAAACAUGUGGUGGAAGAUUUCUAGUUUUCUUUUUUUGUUUUUUUCUGAACGACACAUGCAAUGUUUACAUUCCUGAGAGUAUUUAAGUCAUUUCACUUCCUCAACUUUUUGCUUUAAAUCAGGGAUCCUUGCAUUGUCUUUUUAAAUGUAUUUAUGAUGGGCACAUUCAAGAUGUUGUUUUUUUUCCUCUAUGUGUCAUACUUUGUGGGACCACUGUAAAUUUUCCCUGGUACAUUUACAUGUAAAUAUCCACACUGGAAAUAUACUCUGAAUUCACAUUUUUCUCCUGAAAAGAUCUGAAUUCUCCGCUUCAUCAUUAAAGGAAAUUGUGCACAAACGUUGCAGAAGUGCAAACAGUCAUUGGGGGAUGGACACAGGGAUUUACUUCAGCAUUUCACGUGUCUUUAAAAGAAGAACAACUUCAAAUGACGUGUGUGUCCAGAAACUAAUCCAAGUUAAUUCUGUUUUUUUAGUAAUUCAGCUGUUUUUGCUCUUACAAAAAUGAAAAAAAAAAAAAUAAAGUGUGUGCGUUCAUUAUUACUUUGUACUUUCCUUGUACUUUUAAACUGAUAAUUUAAAAUCAAUCCAUCAACACUUGAAUGUGAGCUUUUGUAUAUGGCUGUGUUUUUUUUUUUUUUUUUUCUAAAAAUGGGUGGUAAACAACUCUGAACUUUUUGUUUCCGAGUUAAAAAAGAUGUUGGCUUUGAAAUUAAAAUGCAAUAAAUGAGCCCUGUAAACUUCAGUUUUUCCACUACGAGACACACACACACACGUUACUGUUUUGCUGUUUAAAUGCAACACACACAUACACACACACUUGUUGAUCCAGGUGAGGCCAUAAAUCUUGUGUCUUCCUGUGUCGCAGCUGUGACAUCAGAGCCGCUCCUGGCAUUCAAACACAACAACUGGGCCUUAAUGGAGAUUCUUUAGGAACCGCCGAGAACAGCUGUGGGCAAACCAGUGUCUGCCAGUCUCGCUGCGUCCAUGGCAACCAAGUAAACAGCGCGGCAAACUGUCAGGUUAAACUUAAGCCUCGCCGGGUGAUGUUUCAGUGUCACCAGAAAGCUAAUCUUGCACGCUUACAGAUGCCAAAUGUGCACUUCUGUUGGCAUAAAUCUGUUCGAUUGCUGUCUUUUUUUCUGAUUAUCGUAUUGGUGAGUUUUAGUGAGGGCGUGUCAAAGAAAGUCUUUUUCUUCUCCUUAACUGGAUGGUUUACGAGCAAAAAUCACUCAAAAUUCGAUCAGCCUGUAGUAUUUGGACAAUUGAAAGAUACUUUCAUAUGCAAAUAUUUCUUCAUUGCACUUAUAUAUAUAAAGAAUUUUGAAUUGUAGAUCGAUGUAGACGGAUAUCAAUUUGUCACUGCACACACCUUCAGGUGAAUGUUUUUGGGCAGCUGCAGGAGCCACAAGAUGAAUAGUAGCAUCUUGUCUUAUAUACAGUAAUUUACAGUGUUGAUAAUGAUGAUCUGUAAAAAUCUUUAAAGAACAAAUAUGUGAAUAUCAUGAAAAAAAUCUUCCUUUUUCUUCUUAUUUGUUUUUAUUAUUCAAUUAUUAUUUCCAGAUGCAGUUUGUCUAUAAUGCAGAAAAUGUUUUCAGUCCAUCGUUGUUUUUGUUUUUCG